AUGGCAUCAAGAGUUGGAUCACGACCAGACGGUACAGAUGGAUCAGACUUCUCCCACAGAGAACGGGUAGCCUCCCACUACAAGCAAAGUGCUGAGCUGAAGCCAAAACUAAAUCGCGUUCUCAAGCUACAAAUCCUGUGUGGAACCAUGUGCCUAAUACUUGGAAUCGUUGUUGCUUAUGACUACACCGCUCUGCUAUGCUCUGUCGGCUACCUGAUUGGAUUACCUCUGGCGUACAUGGCCUUACGUUCCAACAGUUACAACUACAUCAACUUGUACGGAUGUUGCUGCUCUCUACUGGGAGUGUUCCCAAUGGGGUAUCUGCUCUACUCUUCUCUGUGGACUGGAGUAGUGGACAAUUAUCGGUACCCAAGACUGGCGGUGGCCGUCACUGUCAUCACUGUCAACACUAUGGGAAUGUACAUUGCCAAGAACCUCAUGAGUGCAUGGACCAUCUCUAGACCUCAAACCAAGAGGCGGUAG